AUGGAUCAAAUGUAUUAUGGAUUAACCAGAAAAGAUUUGCGAUCCAUGGCUUUUCAGCUGGAUCCACGCAACAGCCUUCCACAUCCAUUUUCAUUUUUACGGGAAUCAACCGGAAAAGACUGGUUGUAUGGUUUUAUGAAAAGGCACAAAGCUUCUUUGAGCAUUCGAAAAACAACUGGCACUUCUCUAAAUAGAGCUCUCGGUUUUAAUAAGGAAGACGUCAAUGAGUUUUUUAACCUGCUUGAGAAACUUAUGACAGAAAACAACUUUCAUUGUGAGGAUUUACAAUGUUGA